UGUACAUUUAGUUCAAUAAAACCAAACCCUCUUAUUUUCUCAAGGCUCUCAGCUUUCAUGGCUUCCUACAACUCGUUUGACGACCCAAAUGGAGACCUUAACCAGGUACUUUUUGAAGCAAACUCAUGUGUUUUGAAGGUUGCACUAAAUAGACCAGAGAAACUAAAUUGUCUCACCUAUGGAAUGAUCUCUCAGAUGGAAAAGACUCUGAAAGCGUAUGAGAGCGAUCCGAGUGUCAGAAUUGUAAUUUUAAAGGGAAAGGGAAAAGCAUUUUGUGCUGGUGGAGAUGUGGUCAGAGUAAUUCAAUUUGUAAAAGCAGGACACUGGAGCUUUGGCGCAAGUUAUUACAGGAAACAGCUCACAUUAGACUAUCUACUUGCUACAUACAAGAAACCUUUGGUGUCCCUCAUAAAUGGAAUUGUAAUGGGAGGUGGUGCUGGACUAACCAUGCAUGGAAGGAUUCGAAUUGUCACUGAGAAUGCUGUUUUUGCAAUGCCAGAAGCAUCAAUAGGCCUUUUCCCUGAUGUUGGAGCAUCACACUUCCUUUCUAGGCUGCCUGGCCAUUUUGGAGAAUAUUUAGGGCUAACUGGAGCAAGACUAGAUGGAGCUGAAAUGCUUGCAUGUGGCCUUGUAACUCAUUUUGUCCUUUCAAAGGAUCUUCAGGCAUUAGAAGAUGCGCUAUGUGAUGUAGUUUCUUCAGAUACAUCAACUAUAUCUGAGGUCAUCAACAAAUUCACUCACAAAGCACAUAUAAAGCCUGAUAGCUCUUAUAAAAGAUUGGAGAUCAUCAACAAAUGUUUUUCUAAUAAAACAGUUGAAGAAAUAUUGUUAGCUCUGGAAAUUGAAGCCUCUAUAGGAGCAGAAAAGUGGGUGGUUAAUGCCAUACGUUACAUGAAGUUGGCUUCACCAACUAGUCUUAAAGUUUGUCUACGAUCUAUUAGACAAGGACGGACGCUAAAACUUGAAUCUUGUCUGAUAAGUGACUAUAUUGUUGCUUCUCACAUGCUGGGAAGAACAGUGAACGCUGAUUUCUUUGAGGGUUCAAGAGCAAUGCUAUUUGAUAAAGACAGAAAUCCAAAGUGGCAGCCUCCACAACUUGAGCAGGUGAGUGAAGAAAUGGUGGAUCAGUUUUUUGCCAAAGUUGAUGAUGAUGAUUGGCAGACUUUGAAACUCCCUCAUGGACGCAGUCUGACUAACAUGGGGAAACCAAAACUCUAGGGUUUAUAUAUAUAAUGCAGCAUUCAGUCAGUACUGAAGGAAUAUAUAUUAGUACUAUAUAUAUAUAUAGAAGCACAUUUGUUCAACAUUAAUUUAGAUUCCUAUUCAUGGAGUACUAUUAACUAAAAAGACUCAAGUUUGCACCUAUCUAUACAA